CUGGCCGUUGCCUUAGCGCUCGUCGUGUUCGGAAACGGGGCCACCUGGGAACGCGAGCUGCCGGUGUGCUCCUCGGAGCGCUCUGCGUGCAGUCUGAUCCAUCGGCGUUACUGGCAGAGCCCACUCGAGAUCCGCCUCUGCCGCUGCCCGCGCAAGGAGCCCUGCCCCGAGGGUUUCGAGACAGCGACAAACGCAUCGGCGUUCAACGUCACCGCAAGAACUCAACUCAAGAUGUGCUCCGGCUGGCAAGCUCCCCAUUGUAACGCCAGCCAGGUGUCUCUGGUAACGAAAACCAUCGGAAAGAUAGCACGCGUCGCCCAGGGUCAAAACGGCGAGCAAACACACGCAGAGGCGACGUGCCGCUGCACUGGGCAAGGAUCGGGCGUCCAUUACCGUCGGGCCCACGGAAACAACUCGGCGGAUUUGACCUACUACGAACAGCGCCAGUACUUCACCUGCGAAACGCUGCGCGAGUGCAGGCCGGGAGAGCCGUGCGGACACGUCACACGAGACCACUACGCCACGUACAAGGCGUGCAACUGCCCGGCCCAUCACUUGUGCACCGUGCCGCUGAACUUCAGUGACCGCAAGGUUGUCAACGUACGAGAACCAUUGUACGAGGGAAGUGCGUACCUGGCGCUGUGCCUACCCAAGUAAAGAGCAAAGAAGCCACGGAUUUCGGUCACAAAGACUUUCCACCACAUCAUGUGAACGCAGCUGGAUUAGACACCGUGCGCUAUCGUGUGUGUAGAGCCACUGUACCUAUUAAUGACCCUACGCGCUGCGAAAUAAUCGGCAAGUGACAGACUUUACAACUUGAAGAAACGCGCCUAAUCGAACACACUCACUGCCCCAGUGCAGUGGUCUGGGUGAUUUUCUAAUGUGUGCAGACUACACGGCUCUCAUUAGAGAGCGCGAUGUCGGGGUUGAUUCAAAAUUCAGUGUUUGAUCGGCGCUCUGAACACUUACAUUCGGUUUCCCUUGGCACGUGUGUCCUUUGUUUCUCCCCGUAAGGCGUUACAGAAGCCUAAACCAUUCGAGCCAUGUGA